AUGUCAGCGACUGGUUCCGACGAAGAAGCGAAGAGGAAGCGGGAUAUAGUGGGAGAGUUCUUGAAAAAGAACCUCACUAAAGGCGAGCUCGCACUGAAACAUGCGAUCGGCCUCGGCUACAAGCCAAAUGUUAUCCCGGUGACCCAGCCCAUUCUCAACGGCCCGCCCCGGCUGGUCGAGGUUGGCUGGCACCCCGUUGGCGGCCUUGCCGGAAGGUGGUUCGCUGAGGAGACUGGGCUGGGGAAGAUGAUCACCGAGAGGAUCAAGUACUAUCCGGAUCCCACACAGCAUUGGGCUGUUCUUGUGGGCGAAUUCGCUCAUCAGUUGUGGAUGGACGAGAGUUUCCAUGUCAUUUAUACGAAUGAGAGGAUUAAGCGUGAAGAAUGGCGGACUUUCCAGGUUGGAGAGACGCGCUUCAACGACGAUGCCCUCCGGCGAGCUGGUGAAUCUGUAAUACAAAGCAUCAGAGAGAGGCAGCCAGCCUACAACCUCAUCACUAACAACUGCCAAACAUAUGCACUGGAGCUUCUCGAUGCCAUCAAGGUUGACGGGCAGAAAGACUUUGGCACCACUCUAGCAGUAUACGAGAGACUUACCGGUUCUGGAAAGGUUAUGGAUCUCUUCGCCGAGCCACAACCGCAACAGCAACAGCAGUUGCCGGCAAUCCAAGGGCCGCCGCCCCAACUGGCAUUGCCUGCUCCUCCCGGUCCACCACCGAUGGGCUCACCUCCGUACGGCACACCGCCACCGGGUGUCAUGUACCCGCCUCCUCCUGGCCCGCCACCGCCAGGUGGAUACCCCUACGGACCGGGCACACCUCCUCCAGGUGGAUACCCUUACGGCCCAGGGAUGCCGCCACCUGGACCGCCACCAGGCAUGUAUCCGCAUGGUCCCAUCACACCACCUCCUGGCACAAACCCAUACUUGCCUGGUUCACCACCGCCAAGUAUCUCGUACACACCUGGUCCGGCUACGGGGGGUACAGUUUCGUACGCGCAACAGGUCAUGCACGACAACACCACGCAGCUCAAUACGCAGGACGAAGCGAACAAGCCGGAUGGAGAAAGAGGAGUCAAGGGGGAAAAGAAAAAGAAGGGCUUCUUCUCGCUGUCACGCUUUACGAAAAGUUGA